ACAUCCUAUUAAUUAAACAGAACAUCUAAAGAAUGUUUCAUUGUGGGUUGCAUAUCUGUCAAAAAUAUAAAUAUUUAUGACAUAUAUAGCCUCAAAUUCAGCAUAUGUGUAACAUUUGCAUUAAAAGGGUGAUAAAUCAGGCACAAAAUGGACAAAGGGAAGCAAACUAACGCCCCAUCUAAAGGGGGCAAAGUGGAUGGCGAUGGUUUGACAAAAAAAGAACGCCGGGCGCUGAAAGUGCAAGAGAAAAAUAAGCAACACCCCCCUGAUAACAAAAAAGACAGCCAAAAUGCCCCUGCUAUGAAAACCGAACCCGCAAAGCCCGCUAAUGUUCCCCCAGGUCAGCUCAGCGAAAAAGAAUUGCGACGUUUGGAGUGGGAAAAAAAGCUCGCGGAACAAAAACCUAAACCUGAAAAAUCCGAAAAUGACAACAUAAGCAAAGCAGAGUUAAAAGCGAGACGACGUGAACAACAAGAGGCACAAAGACUAGCCAAACAACAACAGCAAAAACCUCCUGAAAAAGCUGCAGAAGUUAAAAAAGCUGCACCUUCGCCGAAAAAAGUCGAAAAAAAGAAAGUUUCGGAUUCAAGAAGACUCCAGAUUGUGAGUCAUUUAUAUUCUGAUGCAAGUUUCAGUAAUGCCAGUGUUUACAAAAAUGUUCAUCCAGCGUUUGUAAGACUGGGGGUGCAGUACUCGACGAAAAAGAUUCUAGGGUCGAAUGCACGUGCUCGGGCGCUUCUUGCAGCUGUUAAAUGUCUGAUAAAUGAUCUACAAACGCCUCCAAAACAGGAAUUUUGUCGGUAUUUGGAGACUGUGCUUCAGACUUGUAUGGAUUAUCUGCAACUUUGUCGCCCUCUUGCCGUGUCUAUGACCAACGCUUUGAGGCAUUUUAAGACGAAACUGCACCAAGUGGAGUGUCUUGAAGACAAUGUAAAGAAGGAAAAACUUUUGGAGGAAAUUGAAACGUAUGUUGCGGAGGAGAUCGACAAAGCGGGCGAAGCGAUAAGUCUCAAAGUCAAUGAGAAAAUCAGUAAUGGGGACGUUAUCCUCACUUACGGCUGCUCAUCUCUUGUUACCAAAAUUUUAAAGGACGCCCAUUUAGCCGGCAAACAAUUCAAAGUUGUAGUAAUUGACGGCCGCCCCCUUCUCGAAGGCCGCACAAUGUUACAACGUUUGGUCCAAAUUGGAAUCAACUGUACUUACGUUCAAAUGAACGCAGUUAGUUAUGUAAUGAACCAAGCCACCAAACUACUCCUGGGAGCGCACGCUUUACUCACAAACGGUUAUGUUAUGUCCCGGAUUGGCACCGCACAAGUGGCUCUAGUGGCCCAAGCUUUCAGUAAACCGGUCCUGGUUUGUUGCGAAACUUACAAAUUUAGUGAACAAGUUUUAACCGAUUCAUUCGUUUACAAUGAAUUAGGUGACCCUGAGAUGCUUUUUACCGCAAACACGCUUGAUGAGAGUAGCCCCCUUGUUACAUCAAAGAAUGACAAUUUACAGAUUUUGAACUUGUUGUAUGAUGUUACCCCACCGGAUUUAAUUACAGCGGUUGUUACAGAAUUGGCAAUCUUACCUUGCACCAGCGCUCCGGUUGUUCUAAGAAUUAAGCCCUAAAUCACUUUUGAAAUUAAUAAAUGACAAAAUGAUGGUAA